GUAUGUAGAAGGACACAAGGAUCAGUAUAAGGAUCAGGUCAUGAUGGAGGAUCAGCAGCCCCUCACAUCACCAGUCAGAUCCAGUAAGAGAACAGCACCAGAGAGGUGUCCCCGCCCUCUUCUUCCACAGGAUGAUCAGGGUGAAGAUCUGAGCAAUAUUAAUGCUCGAGAGACAGAUAUGAGCGGUGAUGAGCAGUAUAAGGAGAACAUUCCUACAGAGAAAGAUCUCAUCUAUAUUAACGGUACAGACAUGAAGGAAGAAGAAAAGACAGAUAUAAGCAGCAGUGAGCAGUGUAAGGAGGACAUUCCUAUAGGGAACGAUCUGAUCUAUAAUAAUAUUAGAGAUUUAAGGGAAAAAAAAGAAACAGAUGUGAGCGGUGAUGAGCAGUAUAUGGAGGACAUUCCUACAGGUAACCGCCCAGAUUCUUGUCCCAGGAGAUCAGAGGAGAAUCUUAUAUCUUCAGAUUAUAAAGCAGAUGAUGAUAUCACACAAGAUACAUAUGAAGAACAUUCCAUUAUCCCAGAUACACCCUCAGCCCUUCACAGCCAAGAUCUGUCAUCUCAUCCUUAUAUACAGGUCCUGUCUUCUCAUUCAUUGCAGGAUGUUCAGCAAAAUAAAGGUCACAGAAGGGGUGUUGGACAUCAACGAGCUCAUAUAGGAAAGAAACCAUAUUCAUGCUCAGAAUGUGGGAAAUGUGUUACUUCUAAAUCAAAUCUUGUUAAACAUCAGAGAAUACACACAGGGGAGAAGCCAUUUUCAUGCUCAGAAUGUAGAAAAUGUUUUACUCAGCAAUCACAUCUUGUUACACAUCGAAGAACUCAUACAGGGGAGAAGCCAUUUUCAUGUGCAGAAUGUGGGAAAUGUUUUACUCAGCAAUCAGAGCGUAUUAAACAUCAAAGAACUCACACAGGGGAGAAGCCAUUUUCAUGUUCAGAGUGUGGGAAAUGUUUUACUCAGCAAUCAGCUCUUGUUAAACAUCAAAGAACUCACACAGGGGAAAAGCCAUUUUCAUGUGCAGAGUGUGGGAAAUGUUUUGCUCAGCAAUCAGAUGUUGUUAAACAUCAAAGAACUCACACAGGCGUGAAGCCAUUUUCAUGUUCAGAAUGUGGGAAAUGUUUUACUGAUAAAUCAAGUCUUGUUAGACAUCUAAGAAUUCACACAGGGGAGAAGCCAAUUCAGAGCAAUAAAUGAUGCAGAUAACACAUCUAUAUAUUAUCCAUGUACAUAGGAUAUCUGACAUUUAUACAUAUAUCAUAUACUGCAUCUCCAAACUUGUUACCAAUUGUUAAGAAAAGUUUUCUUUCUUAUAUGAUUUAUUAUUCUUAUAUUCAUCUCCGCACACUGGACUUAUAAUAAAUGUAAUAUUGUCCCUGACGUUGUAUAUAGGGAAUGUAACGCGUCAGUGUUGUCCCCGCCCCCUUCUCAUUAUGAUUAUAGAGACUUUAAUUCAAGGCAUCAGACAGGAUCCGCGCGUCUCCCUUGAAGAUCGUCUCUUCUGAACAUAAGAUGCUGUAAAACACAAUAAACAGGUCAUAAUAGCAAGGUCAUAAAUUACUUUGAUAUCAACCUCUUCACUAGCAUCAAAUACCGGCAUAAAUAGGACAGAGCAUACAACCACCCAUGUGCACCGACAACACAAGACCAAUAAGCUGACACACAAACAAACAGACAAGCAGAACAAAAUAUAACAAUACAACACACGAAAAGGGGGAAGAGGGGAGGGGGCCAGGAAAGACAAAGAAAAGGAAAAGAUAGAAGACCUGCAGACACAUGUGAAACCCCAGGAAGCUCACUCCAGACCAGCUGAAAGACGAAGAGGACCAAGGGUAUUAGUAAGGGACGCCAGGGAGUACCAUUCAGUGUGACGGAAAGGUAACACUAUGGCAUCAAUUGGGUUGUGGUAUA